AUGUCGGGAAUGAAAAGCAAAGCCAGCUUCUUUCGCGCCCUUGAGCACUUGGAUUACUCCGAUGACUCUCAGGACGAUGAAGAUUCUUUGGAGCGUCUUCUGGCUCACGCGAAGCCUACAGAAAUUCUAAAUUCGACCGCCGCCCUAUCCAACCCGGAGCCUAUUGCGCUGACCCGGGCAAACACGGCGCCUUCGUCCUCGUAUACGAACAAAGAAGUUCGAGAAGAAGUCAGCGCCGAUGACGCUCACCCAAGAAGACGACUUCAGCCUCUUGAACCGAAUUUGAGGACUGUGAAGCGCUCUCAGACCACCGGCACUAUGCCCAGCACUACGUCAGCCCUUAAGAAAGGAGGCCCUGCUCUGAAGAAAAGGAGAACAAACAGUAUAAUUAAACUGGUCCCCGAGGAACAGAGGAUCUUCAAAGAACUCGUCUUCUUCUUCUUCCCGAAUAAUGAUAUCUCUCCUUCUCGCCGACUGCGCAUCCAGCGAGCACGGGAAUACGGUGCUCACUGGGCGAUGGAUUGGGCCGAGAAUAUCACACAUGUGGUUGUUGACAAGGAUCUACAGUAUUCUGAUCUCAUCAAACACCUCAAACUCGACUCAUUUCCGGAAAGCGUGGCUCUUGUAAAUGAGUCUUUCCCUUCAGAAUGCAUCAGAUUUCGCUCUAUCCUGAGCCCAUCACAAGUGCGAUUCCGCGUGGAAGGAACCCCGACAUCUGGCCAUAAUGAUGCCCCGGCUCCAGUUCCUACUCCGGCUUUGGUAAAUGUUCCUGUCUCCGUAGAAUCUCUGCCUCUGAAGGCAUCCAGGAAAGAGCAGGAACAGACGCCAGAGCCAUCACAACCCCCGAUUCAAGAGGCCAUACCGGGCAGUCCUGCCGCAUCGGAAGUGGCUGUCAGGUCUUCUGUCCCCGAGGACAGCCCGGAAGAGAUUCGCCAACGUGAUGCUCUCGAUGAUUUAAUAGCCGAGGCGAAAGCAACUAGCCACCUUCCGCUUGACCCAAUCGAUUGCUCCGAUGAGGAAUCUGGCGACUCUGAAAGUGAGUCAGAUUCAGAGGCUGAUCAGUCCCGAUCAAGGGAGGAACCGCGAGGAGAGCCUGUUGUUGAAUCAUGGGCACGCAAUUUUGCCUGCAUGCAAAAGUUUGACCCCAAUGCAAAGCGCGAAAACCCAAACAACCGAACCAUCGAGGUAUUGCAACAAAUGCUGGAUUACUAUACGCGAACGGGAGAUCACUGGCGGACGCUGGCUUAUCGCAAGGGGAUCAAUGCUCUCCGGCGACAGACUAAGAAGAUCAUGUCAAGAACGGAGGCACGGUCUAUCCCUGGCAUCGGGGAUCGGCUGGCAGACAAGAUUGAAGAAAUCGUCGUGACCGACCACCUGCGCCGGCUUGACCAUGCCAACAAGACGGAAGCAGAGAAUAUAAUCCAGGAGUUCCUCGGCAUCUAUGGGUGUGGCCUUGCCCAGGCGUCGAAAUGGGUGGCGCAAGGAUACCGGAGUCUCGACGACCUUCGUGAGAGAGCGUCUUUGACCAAGAAUCAGCGCAUCGGCAUGGAGCGUUACCACGACUUUGCACAGCGGAUCCCGCGCAAGGAGGUCGAGGCCCACGGGGCGAUAGUGCGCCUGGCAGUCCAGGCGGUGGACAAGGAUAUGCAAGUGAUCAUCUCAGGCUCUUACCGCCGCGGGGCUCAAGACUCGGGCGACAUUGAUGUGCUUAUCACCAAGCCAGACGCUACUUUGGAGCAGAUCCGGUCGCUGAUCCUAGAUACCGUGGUGCCUCAGCUGUUCCGAGAUGGGUUUCUGCAAAUUGGUCUGCAGACUUCUCGACGGAAUGGAGAUGGUUCAAAAUGGCAGGGGGCAUCCAUGAUCCCGGGAAGCGCAGUCUGGCGGCGACUAGAUCUGCUGUUUGUUCCUGGAGCCCAAUUUGGAGCGGCGAUGAUAUACUUCACGGGCAAUGAUAUCUUCAAUCGCAGUAUGCGAUUGCUUGCUCGGAAGAAAGGGAUGUGUUUGAACCAGCGAGGACUAUUUAAGAAUGUGCUGCGCAAUGGGCAGGUGAAGGUCAAUCCGGGCCAACUGGUUGAAGGUUGCGAUGAGCGGCGAAUCUUCGCAGUGCUAGAGGUACCCUGGCGACCUCCAGAGCAGAGAAUUUGCUAG